CGUGUUCCCUGUCGCUCGCCGCAGCGCUUGGCGCCCGGGAAGAAGUGGUUGUAAGGAAAACGAGCUCGCGACUUUCCAGCUUCCGAGACUUAAGGUUUGUUGGAGGGAGGAGGCGGCGAACGAGAAGUAUCCGCUGCGGCCGGACUCGGCGACCCUCCUGCUGACCUCCGCGCGACGUACCCGCCGCCGCUGUUGGUUGGAGCAUUUGACAUUGUGCAGCAAAGAAAUGGUUAUGGAGAAGCCCAGUCCGCUGCUUGUAGGGCGGGAGUUUGUGAGGCAAUAUUAUACUUUACUGAAUAAAGCUCCAGAAUAUUUACACAGGUUUUAUGGCAGGAAUUCUUCUUAUGUACACGGUGGAGUAGAUGCUAGUGGAAAACCCCAGGAGGCUGUGUAUGGCCAAAAUGAUAUACACCACAAAGUAUUAUCUCUGAACUUCAGUGAAUGUCAUACUAAAAUUCGUCAUGUGGAUGCUCAUGCAACAUUGAGUGAUGGAGUUGUUGUCCAGGUCAUGGGUUUGCUUUCUAACAGUGGACAGCCAGAGAGGAAGUUUAUGCAAACCUUUGUUUUGGCUCCUGAAGGAUCUGUUCCAAAUAAGUUUUAUGUUCACAAUGAUAUGUUUCGUUAUGAAGAUGAAGUAUUUGGUGAUUCUGAACCAGAACUUGAUGAAGAGUCAGAAGAUGAAGUAGAAGAGGAACAAGAAGAACGGCAACCAUCUCCAGAACCUGUGCAAGAAAACACCAACAGUGGUUACUAUGAAGCUCAUCCUGUGACUAAUGGCAUAGAGGAACCUUUGGAAGAGUCCUCUCAUGAACCUGAACCUGAGCCAGAAUCUGAAACAAAGACUGAAGAGCUGAAACCCCAAGUGGAAGAGAAGAAUCUAGAAGAAUUAGAGGAGAAAUCUACUUCUCCUCCCCCUGCUGAACCUGUUUCUCUGCCACAAGAACCACCAAAGCCGAGAGUUGAAGCUAAGCCAGAAGUUCAAUCUCAGCCACCUCGUGUACGUGAACAGCGACCUAGAGAACGACCUGGCUUUCCUCCUAGAGGGCCAAGACCAGGCAGAGGAGACAUCGAACAGAAUGAAUCUGACAACCGUAGAAUAAUUCGCUAUCCAGAUAGUCAUCAACUUUUUGUUGGUAACUUGCCACAUGAUAUUGAUGAAAAUGAACUGAAAGAGUUUUUCAUGAGUUUUGGAAAUGUUGUAGAACUUCGCAUCAAUACCAAGGGUGUUGGAGGAAAGCUUCCAAAUUUUGGUUUUGUGGUUUUUGAUGAUUCUGAACCAGUUCAGAGAAUCUUAAUUGCAAAACCAAUUAUGUUUCGAGGGGAAGUGCGUUUAAAUGUGGAAGAGAAAAAAACAAGAGCUGCAAGAGAGCGAGAAACCAGAGGUGGUGGUGAUGAUCGCAGGGAUAUUCGGCGCAAUGAUCGCGGUCCUGGUGGUCCACGUGGAAUAGUGGGUGGUGGAAUGAUGCGUGACCGAGAUGGAAGAGGACCUCCUCCAAGAGGCGGCAUGGCACAAAAACUUGGCUCUGGGAGAGGAACCGGGCAAAUGGAAGGUCGCUUCACAGGACAGCGUCGCUGAAGCUCCACUGUUGGCAAAGUCUUAGCAGCAGUGGUACAUAAUUCAUCGUGUUUGCAUUCUUGGUUUUUUUUUUUUUUUUUUUUUUGGCUUUGGAAUGUGACACAGCCUUUUUGAUCAUUUCUUUGAUGUGAAAACAUCUUUUGGUUAUCAGUUAAAUUGAGGUGGACAUUAUUUCCCCAAUUUCACGACAGGACUCACAUUAAUUUAUAAAUCUAGACUUGGAGAUUUAAGGACUGAGAAAUGACCAUAUGUUAAACUAUCUACAACAAAAUGAACUUAAAAGGACAUGCCCAACUGAAUUCAGGUCCUUUGAGUCAAAAAAUCCUCUGCUGCACAUUUUGUUUAAGUGUUACUGUUUCUGCCUAUUAAUGUUGGAAACAAAAUUAGUGCAAUUUGUGCAAUUGGAGAAUCUUGCCUUUUUUCUUGGCUCCCCCCCAAAAUACAAACCAACAAAAACUGUUACGCACUCAUCAAAAUGCACUAAUGGGUACUUUGAACUCAUUAACAUUGACAUCUGCAACAGGAGGCAACAGGGGAAAAAUUUCUUUCAUCUUUUUUUCCAGUAGAAAGUAGUUUGUGAAAUGAUGAGGGCAUUUUAUCUGUUUGCUGUGACCAGCGUGUGUACACAUAAACCUUAACAAGACUACAGUAUAUUCCAGAAGGAAAUCAUUUAGUUGUGAACUAAGUAACAAAAAUCAGAACUUCAAAUGCUAUGGUCUUGAAUAUUAGACCAGAUUUAGUAGCUCCAUAUCUAAGAUUUUUCUACCUGCCCCUCUUCAGUACAGGGAUGGCUGGCUGCUCAACACACUCCUCCUCCCCUUUUCCUUUCUUUAAGCUGUGUACAGUGAAAAUUGUCUUUACUGUAUUUUUGUUCUCUGGUAAUGUAAUAAGCAUGAUGGUGCCUUCUAUUAAUACAUCAUUCCAGUCUUGCUGGUAAUUUUGUACAGUAUAGUGUAUGAAUUGCUGUGCUGCAAAGCCAAACAGCUGCAAAAUAUUGAAAAUCAUUGAAGUGUAUAAAAAUUGCAGUAUCUUUAAAAUCAGUAAAA